AGAACAACCAGUGGGUGGUCAGAAAAGCGCCCACGAUGACGGCAAAACCAGUGGAGAAUCCAUUGGUCAAGUACCGUCGCAGGGCGUCGUUCAGUGUCCCUGACCUGAGGAACUACCUCUACGGUGGAGAAGAGCUGGUGAAAUUCACAUACCAGAUCUGGGACACCUUGGAGAGAGACCCCCUGUUUGCCCACCAGAACGUGGACCUCACUCUGGACCAGAAGAGGGAGCUGGCCUUCAAGAGAGCCAAGCGUAUCUUUGAGUACGACUUUCUCCCCCCAACUGAGGCCCUGCAGAAUCCCGCCAAAGUGCUGGCCUUCACCUCCGCCGUCCAGAUGUACGAUAUGUCAACUGGUGCUGUCUUUGGCCUCAGUCGAUCGUUGGUGAUAGUGGCAAUCAGAGCCAGUGGUACUGAGAGACACAGUGGCAUAGUAGAGGACCUCCUUACCAUGAAGGCAUUUGGUUGUUUUGCUCUCACUGAGAUCUCUCACGGUACCAACACCAGAGCUAUGAGGACCACUGCCACCUACCAACCCUCCACUCAGGAGUUCAUCCUGCACACACCAGACCUGGAGGCCACCAAAUGCUGGGUGGGGAACCUGGGGAAGAUGGCCACCCACUCUCUGGUGUUUGCCCAGCUGGUCACCCCCGACGGAGUCUGUCACGGACUGCACCAGUUCGUGGUGCCCGUCCGAGACCCUGCGCACCCUCCUCCCCUACCCCGGGGUCUUCGUUGGGGACAUGGGGGAAAAGUUGGGGCAGAACGGUCUUGCUAACGGGUUCAUGAGGUUCUCCCACUAUGCCAUUCCUCGCGAGAGUCUGCUGAACAAGAGAGCAGACGUCACUCCGGGGGGAGAGUAUGUCACUCCCUUCAAGGAUCCCAGUAAGAGGUUUGGAGCAUCGCUCGGCACACUGUCCUCUGGUCGUGUGGGAAUUACAGAGUUGUGCGUCACCAACCUUCGACUGGCUGUCUGUAUUGCCAUCAGGUACUCUGCUGUCAGGAGGCAGUUUGGACCAACUCCUGACGAAGAGCUGCCUGUCCUGGAGUACCAGACUCAGCAAUGGAGACUGUUGCCCUACGUGGCUGCGGUGUACGUCAUCUCCCACUUCAGCAGGAGGCUACACGGAGAGUUUGUCAACUUCAUGAUAGCCAGCAUGAUGGGAGACAAGAGUGACAGACAGGCUGAGCUGGGUAGAGAGAUUCACGCCAUAUCUUCCACCAGCAAGCCUCUGUCAGGGUUCACUGCACGGGAUGGGAUCCAGGAGUGCAGAGAGGCCUGUGGAGGUCACGGCUAUCUGGCAGUCAAUAGAUUGGGGGUCUUGAGGGAUGACAACGACCCCAAUCUGACCUACGAGGGAGACAACCACGUUCUCCUCCAGCAGACAUCCAACUACCUCCUCUCUCUCCUCACUGACAAGAUGGCCGGAGGUGUUGUCAGCUCUCCACUCGGGAGCGUGGACAUUCUGGACAGCUACCAGACUGUUCUCCGGAGACGGUUCUCUCCUCCCUCCACCACCUCUCAUCUCACCCACACUGAUGUGCUGCCAGUGUAUGAGUGGCUGGUGUGCCAUCUCUGUGUGGAGAGCCACCACAGACUAGAGCAAGAGCUCUCUAGGAAGAAGAAUGGAUUCAUUGCGAGGGAGGAGAGCCAGGUGUUCUAUUCCCAUACUCUGAGUCUGGUGUUCCUGGAGUACUUGGUCGUGAGGUGGUUUGCAGAGUUUGUGGAGGGAGCGAGGCAAGAGGGAGGAGGCCUGUACUCGGUCCUCUGCCGGCUGGGCAAUCUCUACAGUGUGUGGUGUCUCCACAAACACUCCGCCGUUCUCUAUGAGGGUACGUAUAUAGGAACAGACGCUCAGUCGCAUUGUAACUUAUUAAUAUGCGAACCGUACACGUAUUUUGUAGUACAAGUUGAUGCAGGUUGUAUAUAUAUAUUGCACAGGUGGCUAUUUCACUAGUCCAGGAGAUGCUCAGCUAGUAAAAGAUUCAGUACUCCACUUCUGCCGAGAGUUGAAAGAUGAGGCAGUGUCACUGGUAGAUGUGAUAGCUCCUCCUGACUUCAUCCUCAAUUCCCCUAUUGGUCACAGCAGUGGACAGGUGUACGAGAGGUUGUUCCAGGCAAUGGUGACGAGGCCAGGGAGCCUGGAGAGGCCUUCCUGGUGGAAAGAGAUGGCUGGGCAGACUGCUGCAGGCAGCCUUCAUAGCCAAAUAGCUCCUCCUAGGGCCAAACUGUAGCAAAUCAUCAGUGAUUAUUCAAUCUCAGUAACAUUGUAUGUAGCUAACCAGCGCUUUCACCACGUCUGCAAGUAGACUGUAGGUUAAAGCUGAGCCAUAAUGUGAAACGUUAUUCUGCUAUCACAGCAACGGCAUAUGUCCAAAUCAUGAUUCUGAAACAUGCUAAUUAUUUU